AUGCAUCACCCCACUCUGCUCGCUGCCGCUGGCGUCGCCGUUCUGUCGGCCCUGCCUGGCGUCAGCGCCGGCAUAUACUCAAAGAGCUCGCCCGUUCUGCAGGUCGACGCCCGCAGCUACGACAAGCUGAUUGCCAACUCCAACUACACCUCUAUCGUCGAGUUCUACGCCCCCUGGUGCGGUCACUGCCAGAACCUCAAGCCCGCCUACGAAAAGGCCGCCAAGAACCUCGCCGGCCUCGCCAAGGUCGCCGCCAUCGACUGCGACGAUGACGCCAACAAGCCCUUCUGCGGCGGCAUGGGUGUCCAGGGCUUCCCGACCCUGAAGAUCGUGAGACCCGGCAAGAAGCCCGGCAAGCCCGUCGUCGAGGACUACCAAGGCCCUCGCACCGCCACCGGCAUCGUCGAGGCCGUCGUCGACAAGAUCACCAACCACGUUAAGCGCGUCACCGACAAGGACCUCGACUCCUUCCUCGAGGGCGACAAGCCCAAGGCCAUCCUCUUCACCGAAAAGGGUACCACCAGCGCUCUCCUUCGCAGCGUCGCCAUUGACUUCCUCGACGCCGUCAAGGUUGGUCAGGUCCGCAGCAAGGAGACGGCCGCCGUCGAGAAGUUUAACGUCAAGUCUUUUCCUACCCUGGUGCUUCUACCCGGAGGCGACAAGGAACCCAUUGUCUACGAUGGAGAGAUGAAGAAGGACGGUCUGGUCAAGUUUAUUUCGCAGGUCGCCGAGCCUAACCCCGACCCUGCGCCUGCCAAGGACAAGAAGAAGGCCGACAAGAAGACUGAGAAGAAGGCGGAGAAGAAGGCCGACAAGUCUAGCUCCUCCACCAAGCCCGCCGCUACCGAGGAGGCGUCGCCAGAGCCCGAGACCCCUACCGAGACCCCGGCCUCCGAGGAGACUCCCGCGGCCCCCUCCGCCCCCGCCGUUCCUGCCAUUCCCGUUAUCGCUACUCCCGAGAUCCUCCAGCAAGAGUGCCUCAGUCCCAAGUCCCAUACUUGCGUCCUCGCCUUCGUUCCCGCCAAGGAGAACGACGAUGCUCAGAAGGCCGUCAACAGUCUCGGCGAGAUCGCGCACAAGCACGCCCAAGGCCAGCGCAAGCUGUUCCCCUUCUUUUCUGUCCCUGCCGACAACACCGCCGGCGCUUCCGUCGUCAAGGCUCUUUCUCUCAAGGGUGACGUCGAGAUCGUCGCUGUGAACGCCCGCCGCGGCUGGUGGAGACACUACGAGGGCAACUUCGACGCGACGAGCGUCGAGAACUGGAUUGAUGCGAUCCGCCUGGGCGAGGGUGCCAAGCAGAAGCUUCCCGAGGGCUUGGUUGUCGAGGAGGUCGAGACCCCCAAGGAGAGCACAGAGUCUACGGCGGCCACUGAGCCCACUCCCGAGGCGGAGACCGAAGCGCCCAAGGAGACGGUAUCCGAGCCUCCCACUGCGCACGACGAGUUGUAA